AAUUCAUCGCCUACAGUUAAUCCUACAAACAAAAAUGAAGUAUUUGGUGUUAAAUUUACUGAUUACUCUGUUACAAGUGUAUUGUACAUUGACAAACGGGAACAAUGUUCAGUCACAAAAACCAAACAUUCUGUUUAUUGUUGUGGAUGAUCUCAGGCCAUCACUUGGUUGCUAUGGGGAUGACUUUAUGGUGACGCCUAAUAUAGACAAUCUUGCAAGGCAUUCAGUCUCAUUUAAAAAUGCCUAUGUUCAGCAAGCACUGUGUGGACCUAGCAGAGUAUCAUUUUUAACAAGUCGUCGCCCUGACACAACUAGACUGUAUGACUUCUACUCAUACUGGAGAGUGGCAGCAGGUAACUUUACAACUCUACCACAACACUUCAAACAGAACGGUUACCAUACUGUGUCAGUUGGGAAAGUCUUCCAUCCAGGUAAGAGCAGUAAUUAUACAGAUGAUUAUCCAUACAGCUGGUCUGUACCAGCCUACCACCCAUCUACACAGAAAUACAAAAUGGCAAAAGUUUGUCCAGGAAAUGAUGGUAAACUACACAUGAAUCUGGUAUGUCCGGUAGAUGUAGAUAAAAUGCCAGAACACUCCCUCCCAGAUCUACAGAGCACCGAGUAUGCCACAGAGUACCUGAGAAAUGCCUCGCGUAAACAAGAUCAACCUUUCUUUCUGGCAGUAGGCUUCCAUAAACCUCAUAUUCCUCUGAAAUACCCAAAACAAUACCUUAAGUUAUACCCCUUGAAUAAAGUACCUAAGGUAGCAGACCCUGUGUACCCUGAAAAGCUCCCUCCUGUGGCCUGGAAUCCGUGGACAGACCUACGAGAACGCGAGGAUAUACAACGUCUGAAUCUCAGUUUCCCGUACGGUCCGAUGCCGGAGAACUUUAGUCAGUUAAUCCGGCAGAGUUAUUUUGCGGCAACAUCGUACAUGGAUGAUCAAGUUGGUCGUCUGCUGUCUACACUAGAAACUGAGGGAUUUGCCAACAAUACUAUCAUAGUGUUUGUUGGUGAUCAUGGUUGGUCACUAGGUGAACAUCAGGAAUGGUCUAAAUAUAGUAACUUUGAAGUGUCUACCAGGGUACCACUAAUGUUUUAUAUUCCUGGAGUUACAGCUCCUACACAACACAGAUUAUUCCCUCACAUCAAUCUUCUAAGUGAACCGGAUCAAACUAUAAAAAGCCAGCCAGAAUAUAUUAACUUCAAGAAAUGGUCCAAUUUAAAUAAUACAGCAGCUGUAAAAUCUAAGGAAUCACAGGCUCUGACAGAGCUGGUGGAUAUAUUUCCUACACUUGCAGAACUAGCUGGUGUUCGAGUACCAGAGAGAUGUCCAAAAAAUUCAGCAGACGUCAUUUUGUGUACUGAAGGAGCAAGUCUUGUGCCAUUAAUUUUCAAUGUAUCAAAGAUAGAGGAUGAAAAAUCACAGAAAUGGUAUAAACAUGAUAAAAGUAAUUUACAACAGUAUAAAAGUAAGAAUUUGAAGACAUUUAGUUCCAGAUUAUCAGGCAAACAAGCUGUUUUUAGUCAGUAUCCAAGGCCUUCUGAUCUGCCGUUAGAAAACAGUGAUAAACCAAAGUUGCGGGAUAUUAAAAUAAUGGGUUACUCUAUGAGAACUAAGGAAUACAGGUAUACAGAAUGGGUCUCAUUUAAUCACAAAACUUUUAAAAUGGACUGGACACAAGUACAUGCUAGGGAACUAUAUUCUCACAUGAAUGAUUCUUUGGAAGAUAGUAAUUUAGCUGGAAUAAAACAGUAUCAGUCUAUUGUUGAUCAGCUGUCCAAACAGUUACACGCAGGGUGGAGGAAUGCUUGAUAAAUAUGUUUCUUUAAAAAGAAUUUAAAUGCUCCUUGCCACUUUUCAGUCUUGAAAGUGGUUAUUGUGUUCAGUAAACAUUGACACAGGCUGUAUUCAAAAUCCGGAUUUUUGUCAAGAAUGUAAUUGAUCGAGCCAUAUAUAUGAAUAUAUAUAAUUAUGUUAAAUAUAUAAGGUCAAUUAGACCUAAGAAAUGGCAUUGGCUGCUGUGGUGUAUUGGUUAGCAUACUGGACCGGCAGUCCAGAGACCUGUGGUUCGAUUCCCGUCUGCUGUGUGCCGAUCAUGCUGGACAGCAAACUUCAUUCAAAGUGAUAUUUCAUCACUAACUGCUCACUGUCUGUUGACCAGACUCUAAACUAAACCCAUAAAUGUGCCAUACCUGUAUUUAACAUUUUACAUUUGUCAACUUAAUAACAUUGUUUAUGUGUCCUUGUGUGUGAAGCUGAGGUCUAUUCACUAUUUACAUUUUAUGUUUGCCAAUUUGCUUUAAGUUUGUAACACCCUAAGGUUAGCCAAAACCAUCCACUUGUUUUGGCACCGUAUGACCUCAUUUGUGUUGGUUUGCUGUAAAACCAAACAAAACAAAAAGCAAAGUUUGCCAAUGAAUUACCAGUGACUACUUAAUACAAAAUUGUUCAUUUGAGGAUUCAAAACAUGUUUGUUUUAGAACUAAUCAAGAGGAAUCUUUUAAGGUUAUACAAAACAAAUAAACGAGGACAUUCUGCUAAUAUCCUUUUACUAGUUUUAAGCUUUAUAAAGUCGUGACAAGUUCAAGUUUGGGAUGGAUGGAUGAAACAUCCCAUUUUCAAAGAACUAAAAUCUGUUUUGGACACAAAUGAACAGUUUAUGUUCAAUGUGAAAACAUUAAACUAGUGUAUGUAAUGCAUUGUGUUUUUCAAAAUAUUAUAUAAUCAAGACGUGAAGUUGUUGAAAUUUUAAUGUUGUAGAUUAAGAUACAAUCAAAAUUAAGUUCACAUAUUGAAUUUUAAACAUACUGUGAUAGUAUACUAUGAUAAAACUAUAUUUUGUAUUAUUUGUAAAUUGAUAGAAUUAUAUUAAAGCACUUUUAUACAAUAA